CUACUGCCACACUUGAUUAUAAAACAAGCAUUUCGUCUGGAACUUUGGUAGUAAUUGUCUUCUCGACAAUUAUCUUCAUAGCACUUGUUGGGUUCAUUUACGUGUUUUUCAUGAGAAAAAGAGCAAAGAAGGAGAUCAGAAAUAAUGAAGAGACAGAAAAUGAUGAUGAAAUUGAGACCGUGGAAUCCCUGCAAUUCGACUUCAGCACAAUCAAAGUUGCAACAAAUAACUUUUCAAUUGAUAAUAAGCUUAGACAAGGUGGAUUCGGUUCUGUUUACAAGGGGAGACUUCUUAAUGGACAGAAUGUAGCUGUAAAGAGGCUGUCUAGAGAUUCAGGACAAGGAGAACUAGAAUUUAAAAAUGAGGUUCUCUUGGUGGCCAAGCUUCAACAUAGAAAUCUAGUUAGGCUUUAAGGUUUCUACUUGGACGAUGAAGAAAGGCUUCUUAUAUAUGAGUUUGUGUCAAAUUCAAGCCUAGAUAACUUCAUAUUUGAUCCAACCAAGCGGUUAUUAUUGGACUGGGAAAAACGAUACAAAAUCAUAGGAGGAAUAGCUCGAGAAUUUCUAUAUCUUCAUGAAGAUU